GUGUUUCCUAUUACCCUACCCUCCCUAUUUUUUAAGCUCAAAAAUAGCCUACCCUAAAGUUUUUUUGUUGUCAUUUUUCAGUUUGCACUUUUAAAGUCAGAAUGUCCCUCCCAUAGACUCAAUGUAAUAAAAAUGGUAAAAUAAAAAAAAAAACCUACCUACCUACCCUUUUUUUUUCAAAGAUGUAAUAGGAAACACACAUAUUAUUUUUUUUUUUUGGCCUUAGAUAUAUUAUAAGUCUUUUAUUAGGCCAAAUAAAAUAAUAGAAACUUGAGAAUAUUAAUCAACAAUUGAAUAUAAAAUACAUCUAUGAUAUACUAAUUGCAAAUACUUCAAAAAAAUCAUUCAUUUAUAGACAGCAAUUCACUAAGUACUAAAUUCACAGUAAGUGAUGUUGUAGUCUACAGUUACUAAUUUGAAAAGAAAUACUUAAAAUUUGUAUCCAAAGUAAGUUCUGGUUUCAGUUUAUUGUAACAUUUUCACUAUUUUUUAAAAGAUAUAAAAGAGCUGUUAAAAGAACUGCUGAUCAAAAGGAGAGAGAAUGCAGAAUGCAGUUGGACUUAUUGAUGACAGCUGAUGGCAAAGAAAAUGAUCAUCUGCCAUUACAAGACUUAGACUGCAAUGUAGACAUGGAAGACAAAAAUGGUAAAGGAGAAUAUGAAAAUUGCAGUAUAUUAUUAAAAAAUGCCAUAAGUGAAAACAAAAUCCUAAUAGAUCAACUUCAACAACUGCAGUUAGAAAAAAAUGUUUUAAAUAAUAAACCACCUUAUAUGAGGGCUUCUAGUCUAUCCCUGGAGAAAACAGAAGAAACAACAAAAUUUUAUACCGGAUUGCCAUCUUAUACAUGUUUUAUUUGGUUGGUGAACUUUGUGACCUGUAUUUUACCUUCUUCCAAUAUUUUGAGUUCAGCAGACAUUCUUCUUUUGGUUUUAAUGAAAUUACGUUUAAAUUCUCCACAUACUGAUAUCUCAUUUCGUUUUGGAGUUUCUCUUAGUUUAGUUACCAAUUUAAUUGACAGUGUCAUCCCUCAAUUAGCCCACAAAUUAAAAUGGUUGAUUCAUUGGCCAAAUAAAGAUGAUAUUUUACGCUCUAGACCAGACUGCUUUAAGGAGGCCUUUCCCAGAUGUGUUUCUGUUAUUGACUGUACAGAAGUUUAUAUAGAGACUCCAUCAAAUUUUACAGCCAGAUCUUGUACUUACAGUAACUAUAAGCACCACAAUACAAUUAAGUUUUUAGUCAGUAUUGUUCCGUGUGGAAGUAUUUCUUUUGUUUCACGUGCAUUUGGGGGGAGGACUUCAGAUAAAUUGAUUUCUCUUAAAUCUGGUUACCUUGACUUUAUACAUCAUGGUGAUGUUGUCCUAGCAGACCGUGGCUUUCUUAUUAAAGACGAAUUAGCAUCGAGAGGGGCUGAAUUAAUUAUACCAUCAUUUGUAAAGGGAAAAGACCAGCUAAGUGCCUUUGAAGUGGAAAGAAGCCGAAAUAUUGCACAUGUAAGAAUUCAUGUUGAAAGAGAAAUGGAACGACUGAAAAAUUUCCCUAUUUGGUCUGGAAAGAUGUCAUUGAAUAUGGUGCCACAUUCUGACAGUAUCAUGACAAUUUGCUCUGCUAUUAUAAAUAUGCACCCUAAUAUUGUUCAAUAA